AUGCCUCGUAGCUUUAAGAUCAGUGUUCCGGCCUCCUCCGCUAAUAUUGGACCCGGCUACGAUGUUCUAGGUGUUGGAUUGGGCCUAUAUUUGACGCUCGACGUUGAAAUAAAUGCGAAGAAUGCGAGUGCAACAAACAAUGACCCCAACAACUGCGGAAUUUCCUAUUCCGAGGACAGCGAGGGCUACAGCAGCGUGCCACUCAAAUCGGAUGAAAAUUUGAUCACAAGGACAGCUCUGUAUGUCUUGCGGUGCAAUAAUAACCGGACUUUCCCGUCGGGAACAAAAGUUCAUAUUCACAACCCCAUCCCACUGGGCCGUGGUUUGGGAUCUUCGGGUGCCGCCGUAGUAGCUGGUGUCAUGCUGGGCAAUGAAGUUGGUCAAUUGGGCUUUUCCAAGCAACGAAUGUUGGACUACUGUUUGAUGAUAGAACGCCAUCCCGACAAUAUAACGGCUGCGAUGAUGGGAGGGUUCGUGGGCUCCUUUUUGAGAGACUUGACUCCAGCAGAGAUGGAAAGGCGAGAAAUUCCACUCAGUGAAGUUUUGGGUGAACCCAGCGGCGGAGAAGAUACCGGUCUCGUGCCUCCAAGCCCCCCCAUGGAUAUCGGCCAUCAUGUUAGCUACAAGUGGAACAAGGCCAUUAAGUGUAUUGCCAUCAUUCCUAACUUUGAAGUCUCCACCGCAGAUUCCAGAGGUGUGCUCCCUCACGCCUACACUGCCAAAGAUUUGGUCUUUAAUCUUCAAAGAUUGGCAGUAUUGACAACAGCCCUCACUCAAGACCCUCCAAACCCUCAAUUGAUCUACCCAGCCAUGCAGGACCGUGUUCAUCAGCCAUACAGAAAGACUUUGAUUCCGGGUUUAACCGAAAUUCUUUCGAGCGUAACGCCAUCCACAUACCCUGGUCUCUUGGGCAUUUGUCUAUCUGGCGCUGGUCCUACCAUCCUCGCUUUGGCAGUAGACAACUUCGAAGACAUCGCUGAGGAGAUCAUCAACAGAUUUUCCAAAAAGAACAUUGGUUGCACCUGGAAAUUACUGGAGUUGGCUUACGAUGGUGCCCAGGUUAGCAACUGA